AUGCAAAGAUUAUUAGAUACAAUCAAUAAAAAAUUUUCACUUCAAACUGAUAUAGAUCCAGCAAAACCAAAAAAUAAAAAAAAUGAAAACGAAGAAAAGAAUAAAGUUCCAGGUAGAGAUUCUCAAUAUAGGAAAUUAAAAACGUUCAUUGACAAAACUGCAAAGUCUGGUAAAGGAGAUUCAUUAUAUAUUUGUGGACCACCUGGAACUGGUAAAAGUUUAACAUUAACAACAUUAUCUAAAAAUUUAUCAACAAAGAAAUAUAAACCAAUUUACAUAAAUUGUAUGCAGUUUAAUCAACCAAUAAAAAUUUAUAUAGAAAUUUAUAGAAAAUUAGAGAAUUUAGUAAGCACAAAAAAAGGUGUAAAUGAAUCAUUAGAUUUAAUAGAAUCAAAAUAUUUUUACGAUUUUGAUAAUAAAGAAGAAGAAGGGAUGGAAAAACAUUCAGAUAAAAAUGAAAAUGAAAAAAAAACAAUGUGGGUAAAAUAUAGAGAGUAUGAAAUUGAUAUUUUAAUUGAAAAGUUUAGUAAUAUAUUAUAUAGGAUAUUUGAAUGGCCAACUAAAGAUAGUUCAAAAUUAAUAUUAUUUGGAAUUGCAAAUGAUUUAGGAUUAGUACAGAAAUCAUUACCAAGAUUCGCUAAAAUUGGUAUGGAGAUUGAAGUUUUACAUUUUAAACCAUAUACAGAGGAAGAAAUUUUAAAGAUUUUUCAUCACCGUAUAGAUUUAGUUUUUAAAGAGUAUAAAUUAAAGGAAGAGGAUCAAAAGGAACAAUUAUUCGAGCCAGAGACAUUGGAAAUGAUAUCAAAACAACUUUCAGUCAAUGGUUGUGACAUUAGGAAAGCAUUUGAUGUCAUUAGACGUUUAGUCACUUUAAAAUUUGAAAAAUAUAUUGAAAAUGCAGAUUCAAACGAUUCAUUGGAUGAAGAUCCUGAUGAGGUCAUUGAAUUUAAAUCACCUGGUGAAUAUUUCUUUUCAAUGGAUUUAGUACAAGAUGUAUUGGCUGAAUUUUUCGAAUGUAAAAUAGUUUCAAAUAUGAAAAGUUUACCACUUCAAGCUCAAAUCAUUUUAUUUUCUUCAUUCCUUCCAGUUUUAAAUUAUGAAACUUUAUAUAAAUCAUAUAAAAGUCAAUGUUCAAUUAUUAAUUUCCCAUUAAUGGAAAAAGCAGAUUUUGGUUUAUCAAUUGAUUCAAUUAUUUCAAAUGGUUUAAUGAAAAUAGAAAGUGGUAAAAAAAUUGCAUUAUUAUUUUCAAAAGAGCAAUUAAUUUCUGCAUUUAAAUCCUCAAUAAUAUUCGAUCCCCUACUAGAAGAAUUAAAUAAUUUAUAA